AUGAGUCGAGAUCCAUUUCGUGAUUGGGUUCAGUUCAAGAAGAGAUUGAUAGCAAGAUUUAAUCAGAAAAUGGAGGAGAAUCCACGAAUGAGGCUGUUUGCGUUGAAGCAGAAAGGUCCUGUAGCUGAGUAUGUGAAUGAAUUUGAAGAACUCACAACUAUUGUUACUGGAGUAGAGGAAGAAAACCUGGAACACGUCUUUUACUUGGGAUUGAAACCAGAAAUGCAGGAAGUAGUAAAGAUGCAAAAACCAAAGGGUUUAUCAGCGUUGUUUAGCACAGUGAUAUCAAUGGAGGAUAGCAUUUUUUAUAAUUCUCAAAGGAAUUGGAGCACAAGUUCAAGUUCAGAUAGUCCCAAGCCAACAAUACAAAAUACGGAGCAAUCUGAAUUGAGCAAGAGCCAGACUCAAAACGCAAAACCGCCUUGGAAGAAUAACGGAGGAAGAAACUACAGUGGGAUGUUGAAACUGAGUCCAGCAGAGAUAUCUGAGAAGAGAAGAUUGGGACUGUGUUAUAAGUGCCCAGAGAAGUGGUCUAGAGAACAUCAGAAAACAUGCCACAACAUGACGCUAGAAGUAUUUACGGUGGUGAAUGAACAAGAGGUAGAGAUUAUGGAGGAAGAUUGGAUUGAGGGUUUAGAAGAAGACAUGGAAGACAUGCAUGAACCUAUACAGUUGUCAUUGUUCUCAUUUCUGGGAUUUGAUUCUCCUAGUGCGACGAAACUGUGGGAUACAAUUGGGAAGACGAAGCUGGUGGUGAUGAUUGAUAGUGGUGCAACCCACAACUUUAUUGAUCCGUCUGUUUUAAACAAAACCUCGCUUUCUCCAGCUAGGAACAGAACGUUCGAUAUAUUGUUGGGAACUGGAAUCACGGUGAAUGGCUCAUGA